UUUCGCGCACUCUCCUCAUGGUCCAUGGAUGUUCUGCUCGACUGCUUCUAAAUAAAUAAACGCAACAACGUUCUCCUUUCUCGUUCCUCUCGGUCUCCUAACUUCUUCUCCGUUACUCCCAUCCUCAUCUCCUUAUUCCCCUCAAACAUGAGCCGGCAUCCGAUUGUGAAGUGGGCCCAGAGGUCUGACAAAAUCUACCUCACGGUCGAGCUUCCUGAUGCAAAGGAUGUUAACCUCAAACUCGAGCCCGAAGGAAAGUUUUAUUUUUCUGCCAACAAAGAUGGUGUUUCCUACGAAGUUGAUCUCGAGUUAUUUAAUAAAGUUAUCACCAAGGAGAGCAAAUUUAAUAUUGGGAUGAGGAGCAUUGGGUAUGUAAUUAAGAAAGCUGAGAAGAAAUGGUGGAGUCGAUUGCUCAAGGAGGAAGGGAAGCCACCUGCAUUCCUUAAAGUGGACUGGGAUAAGUGGAUUGAUGAAGAGGAUGAGAAUGAGAAAGCUAAAGAUGACAUGGAUCUCUCGAAGAAGAGCAGGAAAAAGAAGAGGAAACCAAGGCAGAAAGGGAACCGGUUACAGCAGAUAAUGAGGAAAUUGAAACUUAAUUGCAUCUGCAAAACAUAAAGCUGACACUUCUGUUGGAUCAGUGUCAUGAAAUUGUGACUUCCACAGAUGAAGUGGUGUAACUCCAUGUUCAUAUAAUGCAGAAAAAAAGCUCUAUGUAAGAAACCUUUUGUAUAAUUAACGUAACCUAAAUUUAACUUCUGAGUCCUUGAAAUGUUGUCAUUUUCAAGCUGUAGCUUACAUGUGCAUUACCUGAAAGUAUAUUUUGCAUAAUUGGUGCUCA